AGCCCGUUUUCUCCACUAUAAAACGCUCCAACCCGCCGUCACUCAAAUCAUAAUCUUCACAUGGAAUCCCAAACCCUAAUUUCUCAAUCCCCUCUCGAUCCGCCCCCAACUCAGUCAAAUCGCUCCGAGUCGCCGCCGAUUUACGACCACCAGCUCAAACAAGAGCAAAAUCCCCAACCAACGGAGUCGAACUCGUCCGAGUUCCCACCGAGUCACGGACAAUAUCCGGUUCAGGUGAAACAAGAACACGCAACUGAGUCGAACUCGUCCGAGUUGCCACCGAGUCAUGGAGAAAUUCCUAUCAAGGUGAAACAAGAACAAACAACCGAGUCAAACUCGUCCGAGUUGCCAGCGAGUCAUGAACAGAAGCCAAUUGAGGUCAAACAAGAGCAAGGAGUCUCUGAGAAUAACGGUAGCGGCGAGAAUAACAGCAAUCGUCGGCGGAGGAGGAGCAGGUGGGACCCGCAGCCGGAGGAUGGGAGCGGAGAGACGAAGAAGAGGAAGUCGAGAUGGGCGGACGACGAGCCGAAGCCGAUAAUACAAUUGCCUGAUUUCAUGAAGGAUUUCGCUCAAGGUAUCGAUACGGACCCUGAAAUUCAGUUAUUGAAUGCUAGGCUACUUGAAAUUAGUAAGAUUUUGCAAGCUGGUGUGCAAUUAGACGAUCGUCCCGAGGGCGCUAGGUCACCUUCUCCCGAGCCUGUUUAUGAUAAUUUAGGUAUUAGGAUUAAUACCAGAGAGUUUCGAGCUAGGGAGAGGCUUAAUAAGGAGAGGCAAGAGAUAAUUGCGCAGAUUAUUAAGAGGAAUCCCGCAUUUAAGCCUCCUGCGGAUUAUAGGCCACCGAAGUUACAUAAGAAGUUGUAUAUUCCGAUGAAGGAGUAUCCGGGGUAUAAUUUUAUAGGGUUGAUUAUUGGACCGAGAGGGAAUACACAGAAGAGGAUGGAGAAGGAGACGGGGGCGAAGAUUGUGAUUAGGGGGAAGGGGUCGAUUAAGGAGGGGAGGUUUGGGCAGAAGAGGGAUUUGAAGUUUGAUCCGGCGGAGAAUGAGGAUUUGCAUGUUUUGGUGGAAGCGGAUAAUGAGAAGUCAUUGGAGGAGGCUGCUGGGAUGGUUGAGAAGUUGUUGAGGCCAGUUGAUGAAGGGUUGAAUGAACAUAAGAGGCAGCAGCUUAGGGAACUUGCGGCGUUGAAUGGGACGAUUAAGGAUGAGGAGUUUUGUAGGUUGUGUGGUGAGGCGGGCCAUAGGCAGUAUGCUUGUCCAUCGAGGUUGACGACUUUUAAGAGUGAGGUGUUGUGUAAGAAUUGUGGUGAUGGUGGACAUCCGACUAUUGAUUGUCCUAUGAAAGGUGCGGCUGGGAAGAAAAUGGAUGAUGAGUAUAAGAAUUUCUUGGCGGAGCUGGGGGGGACUAUGCCAGAGUCUUCUACUACUACUAAAGAGAGUACACCUUUGGCUAUUAUGGGUUCAAGUAACACCGGAAGCAAUCCCCCUUGGGCUAGCAGCAACGGUUCUGGAAAUGUUGGGGCCUCACUACAUCCUGGAUUAGGAAGCACUGUAGCUAAGAUUGGAAAAGAGAUUGACGACACGAAUUUGUAUAUUGGUUACUUGCCACCGACUAUGGAUGAUGAUGAAUUGAUAAGACUGUUCCAACCUUAUGGAGAUAUUGUAAUGGCCAAGGUUAUCAAAGAUAGAGUGAGUGGAUUAAGUAAAGGUUAUGGUUUUGUUAAGUAUUCUGAUGUUGCUCAGGCCAAUCAGGCAACUGCUAGCAUGAAUGGUCAACGCGUAGAUGGAAGAGUAAUUGCUGUUAGAGUGGCAGGAAAACCACCUCCACCCGUUGUACCCCCUGGACCUCCUGCUCCACCUGUUUCUGCUUACCCUGGUCAAAACCAGGGAUAUAAUGGAUAUCCACCUCCACAAAUGCAAUCAGGUGCUCCACCUGGUACUGGACCACCUGGAACUUACAUUGUUGCUCCAGUUCCUUGGGGUCCUCCUCCACCUCCUGCUUAUGCUGCUUACCCUCCUCCCCCUCCUGGAUCAAAUGUGUACUCCUCAUACCCACCUCCACCGAUGCCUCCCUAUGGGAUGCAAUAUCCUCCAGUGACUCAAGUUGCCGUCUCUGGGGCUCCAGCCCAAACCUUCAGUCCUGCAGAAUCCCAGCAAAGCUAUUCUGCUGGAAUGCAAUAUCCGAGCAGCGCACCUGCAUCUAAUGUUAUAUAUGGAAAUUCACCAGUUGGCAUGCCACCUAAUUCGCAACCACCUUACCCUGCAUCUUCUGUGGGUUACCCCUCCUAUUAUACAGGAAUUCCUCCACCUCCGGAUGCGACCCAAUCUUUGGUGGAACAGCAAAGUCUUGCAAGUGCUCCAUGGGCUGCAAACCCACCACCGCCUCCACCUCCACCUGCCAUGCCAUCUACUGAACCAACUCCACCAGACUCUGAAUAUGAGAAGUUUAUGGCUGAGAUGAAAUGAGAAGGUUGAUCAACGUCUGAAAAUUCUAAUGAUGAGGUUUCUUGGAGCUCUUGUCAGCAUAAUUUCUUUCGUGUUGCUUAUAACUUCAACUUGUUGGAAGUUUCAGACUCACAUCUUUUCUCUUGCUGUGCUAAUGUUACAAUUGCAGAGAUCUUGCGACCUAAAUCAAGCGGGAGGGUGUUAUUCAAUUUCAGCUAUAAUCAACCACAUGGAUGUGAUUCAUUACCUAUUUUUAUUUACUUUUCAGGGAUAAUGCUGCUAAUAAGUUCUUGGUUUUGUUUAAAUAUUUCUGGCAAACUUAUUGUUAAUUACUGUUUUGGCUGUUUUUGAGUCAUAAAACUUAAUGUUAGUACUAGAAAUUGUUUUGUUGCACCUCAGUGAUCAGCUUCUGUCACAUGGUUGAUGGUUGAUGAAUUUAGUGCGGGGCUGAAAGGUAUACAUGCAUCGGUUCAGUGAA